ACUCUAUAGAGUCGUAUGCCUGACGCUGUGCGCAGUUACACGCUGGGCCUGACGCACGAGCGGCGCGAGGUGCGCGCCCUGGAAAUCAAUUGGAUGAACUCUGCGAAUUUCGAGCUCUCACAGCAGCUUCGACAGCACUCUCCACCACAGGUGCACCUACCAGCGAACAGCAAGACGCCCUGCCCCGUGGUGAUCAAGGGUGAACAAUGCCGCAACACAAUCUUCAUUGAGGCGGGCACGCAUGCGCGUGAGUGGAUUGGCGUGACGACUGCCCUCAAUUGCAUCUAUCAGCUGACGGAGCGGCAUACGCGGAAUAUCGAAGUGCUGCGCAAGCUGCGCUUCAUCAUUGUGCCGCUGGUUAAUCCCGAUGGCUAUGAGUACUCCAGGAACAAGAAUCCCAAUUGGCGCAAGAAUCGACGCCCGCACAAGUCCACCAAGUUCGUGGGCACCGACUGCAAUCGGAAUUACGACAUCUUCUGGAACAGCGGCACCGGCAAGAUGAAUCGCAACACGUACAAGGGCGAGCGACCCUUCUCCGAGCGCCAUGCGCGAUGCCUUACAAGCCCCGUACCGCAACGCCCAAUAUGCAAUCCAAUUCACCAUUUGCGCAGCAAUCGGACUCGCAGUCCAAAGACUUUUCCAGUGGCUGUCAGGAUGCCAUCGCUGGUGUGUUAA